UUGCCGAGCCACGAGACGACCCGUUUCCUCCCGUAGCUGGGAAGCAACGGCUCAUUUCUUCCUCAGACGGCGCGGCGUCCCCAAAACCCUCGAGAUCUAGGCAGUUUCUAGCUGUCGAUCCCACCCCGGCGGAGCCUCCGGCACCGGAGGCGAGCCCGAGAUGCGCCCCAACAUCAUCACGGAGGCUGGGAUUUCAACUAGGCUGAACCAGUGGUGGAGCAGCACCCCGUUCAUCACCUCUGGUGUUACCUUAAUAUGCGCGGCGAUAUAUCUUGUGUGCUUGUUAAUUGGAUAUGACUCUUACAGCGAGAUAUGCUUCUUGCCCUCUGCGGUGGCCUCACAUUUUCAAGUGUACAGGGUCUACACAUCUGUUCUGUUUCAUGGUUCUUUGCUUCAUGUGCUUUUCAACAUGCUGACCUUUGUACCCCUGGGCACCGAGCUGGAGAGAAUUAUGGGAUCAGUCCGCCUCUUAUUCCUGAUGUUCCUUCUUGCAACAACCAAUGCGAUUUUCCAUCUCAUCGUUGCCUUCUUGGUGGCUUAUAAUCCUAUAUCUCCUGUUUCAUACCUCGUCGAUGAAUGUUCCAUUGGCUUUUCUGGAGUUAUAUUCUCAAUGAUUGUCAUUGAGACAAGUCUGAGUGGAGUGCAAUAUCGAAGCAUCUUUGGUCUCUUCAAUGUCCCUGCAAAAUGGUAUGCAUGGAUUUUGCUUGUACUGUUUCAGUUUCUCGCGAGUAAUGUUUCAUUACUGGGGCACCUAUCUGGCAUCUUGUCUGGGUUCGCAUACACUUAUGGGCUAUUCAACUACUUGCUGCCUGGACCAUCAUUUUAUUCUUCUAUUGAAGGCUUGUCCAUGCUAUCUGCUUGUGUUAGGCGUCCUGGCUUUAUUCUCUGCACUGGAGGGACUACCUAUGGCCAGCUUCCUACAUAUUCUAACACGUCCACUGCACCAAGCUCUCUGAUAAAUCGAAAUUUCUGGAGAAAUAUUUCUUCAUGGAUGCCAAGUAGGCAGACAUCCACUAUUCAGACAUCUAGUACUCAGGAACAAGAAGAUCCCAGAUUUCCAGGGAGAGGACGAACACUUGCUUCUACAGGAACUGAACCAACUGCAAGGGAGGCAAGCGCGAAUUUGCAUGCUAGGUUGUUGGAUAACACAACCCCAAGUGACCCUCUAACGAAUUCACAACAUACAGCAUUAAACACAGUCAGAGCUGAUGCAACAGUAACAGCUGACCAGACUGAUACAUUUGAUGAAGAGCUUAAGAAGCUGGUUGGUAUGGGUUUCGAAAAGACUCAGGCCGAAGUUGCUCUUGCCGCUGCAGACGGAGAUCCAAAUGUUGCUAUUGAGAUUCUCAUGAGUCAGCAGGAUUAGAGAUUGGCCAUGCAAUAUAUUCAAAUGAAGCGCCGUUAUCGGGCCACACAUCUAUUAUGAAGGUUAGGCUCAGAGCAGAUAGUGGGAUUGGAGAACAGAGCAUAGAGGAAAUCUUUGUGGGAGAAUGUUUGUCGAAGAAGAUGCCGUUGACCAUGCUUUUUUGUAAAGGCGCAGAAGCUGCUGCCUGGUUCCUUGUGUUUCUCAAAUCUUGUAUGUACUGAACAUGGAAAUGUCGAGGGCUCCAGGCAUCGGCUGACUGAUUAUAUCAUCGCUUAUAAACAUUCUCUACAACCA